AUGUUUUCCAUUCUUUCUUUCAUUCAUUCAUUCACUCAUUCUUUCAUCAUUUUCCGUAUCAAUUAUUUUAUCUUUCUUUCUUUCUUUCUUUCUUUCUUUCUUUCUUUCUUUCUUUCUUUCUUUCUUUCUUUCUUUCGUCGGCAUCCAUUCAUUUCAUUCAUAAUUUUCUCAAUCAAUCAUUUCAUCUUUCUUUCUUUCUUUCUUUCUUUCUUUCUUUCUUUCUUUCUUUCUUUCUUUCUUUCGUCGGCAUCCAUUCAUUUCAUUCAUAAUUUUCUCAAUCAAUCAUUUCAUCUUUCUUUCUUUCUUUCUUUCUUUCUUUCUUUCUUUCGUCGGCAUCCAUUCAUUUUCAUUCAUAAUUUUCUCAAUCAAUCAUUUCAUCUUUCUUUCUUUCUUUCUUUCUUUCUUUCUUUCGUCUUUCUUUUUCUUUCUUUCUUUCUUUCUUUCUUUCUUUCGUCGGCAUCCAUUCAUUUCAUUCAUAAUUUUCUCAAUCAAUCAUUUUCAUCUUUCUUUCUUUCUUUCUUUCUUUCUUUCUUUCGUCGGCAUCCAUUCAUUUCAUUCAUAAUUUUCUCAAUCAAUCAUUUCAUCUUUCUUUCUUUCUUUCUUUCUUUCUUUCUUUCUAUCAAUCAUUUCAUCUUUCUUUUGACUUCCUCACUUCUUUUCUUACAUUCAUUCAUUCUUUCAUUCACCCUAUCAAUAGUUUCAUCUCUGUUUCUUUCUUUCUUUCUUUCUUUCUAUUUCAUAUCUUCCUUUCAUUCACUCAUUCUUUCAUCAUUUUCGUAUCAAUUAUUUCAUCUUUCAUUCUUUUUUCUUUCUUUUGACUUCACACUUUCUUUCAUUCAUUUAUUCUUUCAUCAGUUUGUUUAUAAAUUAUUUAAUCUUCCUUUUUCUUUCUAUUUCAUCUCUUACUUUCAUUCAUUCUUUCAUCAUUUUCUGUAUGAAUCACUUCAUCUUUCUUUGUUUCCUUUGACUUCAUACAUUCCUUUCUUUCAUUCAUUUAUUCUUUCAUCUGUUUGCCAAUCAAUCCAUCUUUCUUUUGACUUUAUAUCUCUUCUUUUCAUUAGUUCAUUCUUUCAUUUUCCGUAUCAACCAUUUCAUCUUCUUUCUUUCUUUCUUUCUUUCUUAUUAAUCCAUUAA